AGUGAGACUCUACUGUACUUGAACCUGUUUUUCUCAUUCAUGAUCGUCUGUGUAUGUUUCAAGUCACCUAUCGACUUCUUCCAACCCAUUGAAUCUCACAGGCCUUCUUAGGAAUAUUCAGAGGUGGUUCUGCCAGUUCCUUCCUCUGAAAUAUAGCUCACAGUAGUGGUUCUCAACCCAUGGGUCCCCAGAUGUUUUGGCAUUCAACUCCCAGAAAUUCCAAUAGCUGCUAAACUGGCUGGUGUCAUGAUUUGCAUGAUUUGCAAAGACACUAUAUGUGUGUUAACUGGAAAAUCAAAGGCAUGAAGCCGAUUGGCCGAUUUUGCAAGGACCUGGGGAAUUGGUUUGUAACUGUUGCUGUUCUGCUGCUGGAGAACCAGUUUGAACAGGUUUCUCUCUGUGUGCAUGAAUCUACUGAGUACUGGCUGGAAAGAAGAUGGCUCUGUACUUAGAGAGGCCUGACUAUUUCUGAGGCCCUGUUUGCUGAUCAUCACUGAAGCAGAUUCAUGGACUAAGAAAGAAUUCCCUAUAACUGCUGAUUUCUGCUGUGGUUAUCUAUUACAGCAUACAUUGUGAUGGAAAACUUUAUUUUGUAUGAAGAGAUUGGAAGGGGGAGUAAGACUAUUGUUUAUAAAGGCAGAAGAAAAGGAACAAUCAACUUUGUGGCUAUUUUGUGCACUGAUAAAUGCAAAAGAGCUGAAAUCACAAAUUGGGUGCGCCUUACUCAUGAAAUUAGGCACAAGAACAUAGUAACCUUUCAUGAAUGGUAUGAGACAAGCAACCAUCUAUGGCUUGUAGUGGAAUUAUGCACAGGUGGAUCACUAGAACUGCUAAUUACUCAAGACGAACACUUACCUGAAGACAUUGUAAGAGAAUUUGGUAUUGAUUUAGUUGCUGGACUUCGUUAUAUUCAUGAACUUGGAAUCCUCUUUUGUGAUCUUACACCAGGAAAGAUUCUUCUGGAAGGGCCUGGCACUUUGAAGUUCAGUAACUUCUGUUUGGCUAAAGCAGAGGGUGAAAACUUGGAAGAAUUUUUUGCUUUAAUUGGAGCAGAGGAACGGGGAGGCAAUAGUGGUGAAAGCAGAGGAGAAAUAUUGAAAAGCAGACUUAGAGGUUCACUUAGAUAUGUUGCACCAGAAGUGAUAAAGGGAAACGACUUCUCCACAGCCAGUGAUCUGUGGUCGUUGGGCUGUUUACUAUAUGAAAUGUUUUCAGGAAGACCACCUUUUUUCUCUGAAAACGAUACCGAAUUAACAGAAAAGAUUUUAAAUGAAGAUCCUUUUCCACCUGUACAGCAAGGAUCAGCAAUUUCAAAACCAUCUUCUGACUUUCUUAACUUGCUUGUCUCUUUGCUUCAGAAGGAUCCCCAGAAGAGAUUGAACUGGACAGAACUGUUGCAGCAUCCUUUCUGGCAACAUGCUUUUGUUCAGAUUUCCAAAGAAUCGAUCUUGGGAAAAGACACCAACUCCAGUUUGAACAAGAGUGGAAAUGCUGGGUUGUUUGUAUGUGCAAAGUCUGAGGAUGAGUUGGAGAGUGAAAAAACACCAGAUGCUCUCAAUCUAAGAACAUCAAACAAACAGCUGAACAGAUCUUUCAAGCUGGAAAGGCCAGAGGAAUUACGCCCUAAAAGUGCUGUUGAUGGUGACUCAAAUGAAUCUAUUUUCCUUCUCAGUUCCCGUCCUACACCUAGGACUAGCAACGCAGUAGAAAUAAGCUGUGCCACAGCCAUUGCAUCUUCAAAUUCACUACAGAGAACUUCUCCAUGUCCUUCUGUAAAGGAUAAAAACAGACUCUACAGUGCACAAGAUAUGGAGUCCAAAGUAAAAGAGCUUAUCUACACAGAGUCUGAUCUUAUUGUGACUCCAAUUAUUGACAAUCCAAAGAUACUGAAGCAAGUAGCAAUGAGAUUUGACACGAAACAUUUGCAUAUACCAGCACAUUCAGCUGAGAAACUAUUGAUGCAAAAAGAAGACGAAUGGAAUGACUUCUUACAACAAGUGCAUCAGCUGAUUGAUUCCCAAGAAAAGACUACAGGAGCAGCCAGAGUUAAACUGAAUUUACUUUGCUAUUUCUGCACAGUUGCUGGCAAUAAAGAAGUAGCAACCAGACUAAUUAGCACACAGCUGUUCCCUGCAUUAUUACAACAGUUGCGAGUAGCUUCAAACUGGGACAUACGUGCCAAAGCUGCCCGAGUCAUUGGCUUGCUUGCAUUGCAUACAGCUGAACUUAAAGAGAAUGUUCCAGUUGUAGAGGCAGUCACUCUCUUAACAGAAUUGAUCAGAGAGAACUUCAGGAACAGUAAACUAAAACAGUGCCUUUUACCUACUCUUGGGGAGUUGAUUUAUCUUGUGGCCUGUCAGGAGGAGAAAAAAGAACACUCCAGAGAACGCUGGGUCCUUCCUUCAGCUGCUUACACUGUGCUAAUGAGGUGCCUUCGGGAAGGGGAAGAACGCAUUGUAAAUCACAUAGCAGCAAAGAUUGUUGAAAAUGUGUGCUCCACUUUCUCUUCUCAUGCUCAAGGAUUUAUUACUGGAGAAAUUGGACCUAUAUUGUGGUAUCUCUUUAUGCAUUCAACCAUAGAUUCUUUGAGAAUAACUGCUAUUUCGGCAUUAUGCAAAAUUACUCAUCAUUCACCAAGUGCCUUCCAGAGUGUGAUUGAAAAAGUGGGAUUGCCAGCUGUGAUACACUCCUUGGCAACCGGAAUAUGCAAAGUUCAGCAGUACAUGAUGACUAUGUUCUCUGCUAUGUUGUCAUGUGGCAUCCAUUUGCAAAGGCUAAUUCAAGAAAAGGACUUUGUGACUACAGUUAUUACACUCCUUGAAAGUCCUUCUACUCUUAUACGAGCAAAGGCUUUUUUGGUCCUGUUACAAGUUUUAAUUAAUAACAAAGACAUGCUUCUUCUGAGCUGUCAAGCAAGGUUGGUGAUGUAUAUUGAAAGAGACAGCAGAAAGACCAUGCCAGGAAAAGAACAGCAAAGCAGCAAUGAAUACCUGUCAAAAUGUCUGGGCCUUCUCAUCUGUCACAUUGUGCAAGAGCUGCCACAUAUUUUAGGUGACAUUCUUUCUGCUUUGUCCAAUGUAUCAGGACGUAAGCAUCCAUCAACAGUUCAAACCAAACAGCUGAAAGCAUGCCUUCCUAUGAUGCCUGUGGUCCUCCAUCUUAUGACAUCCCAGGUAUUUCGUCCACAAAUUGUAAAUGAAGAGUUUCUUUUCAACUAUGGAACUUUACUAAAUUUUGUCGUAUUAAUGGAUUUAGGAGAAACUAACUUAGAUGGAGCAAUAGGUCAAACAGGUUCAGAAGAACUGAUUAAAAUUACUUUAUCAACAUUUGAAGCAAUAAUUCAGCAUCCAGUAUUGCUGAUGCCUCACCACUCAACAGUUAUAGAUCACAUCCUGCCACCCUUAGUUUCUUUGGUCUCUAGUCAAAAUGUGGAAUGGAGACUCUUCAGUUUGCGGUUGCUCUCUGAAACCACAUCACUGCUUGUUAGUCAUGAGGUUAUGGCUGAAGAGAAAGAGAUUCUUAACUCAAGCAACAAACUUCUGUCUCUUGUUAGAGGCUCCUUGCUGCCUCAAUUAGAAAACCUUUUAAUUGCACCUAACCCAGUACCGGCUUAUGCUCUGAAACUGCUUGUUGCCCUUACAGAGUACAGUCCUGCUUUUAUAAGCCUGAUUGAAGAGAUGCAUCUGGUUCCAACAAUUUUUCAAGUUAUCCUGGAUCAUCAGGGUAUGCUGCUAGGAAAUACUAUUCAGAAUGUGACUGCUGUUUUAAGUAACCUAGUUUCCAGUAAAAAUACAAACAUGGCAUUACUUUAUGAACAAGGUCUGGUCCAUCACAUCUGUAAUCUACUAAUAGAAGCUGCUGCUCUGUGCUUGGAUGCAGAUGAUAAAAGUAACAUCAAGAUGGCAAAUGCUUUUCUCCUCUCCUUGCUUGACAUUUUGCACCACAUGCUGAUACAUACAGCUAAUGUCGUCCGCCUGACACUGCAGGCUCAGAAAUCUGGCACUGGAGGGGAUACCCAAACUGCUGAAGACCUCCUGCUUAUCAAUAAACCCUUGACAGAUCUAAUCGGCUUGCUUAUUCAGCUGCUUCCCAGUGAAGACACUGAAAUAUAUGAAAAUGCAUCACAGUGUUUAUCAUUGUUAGUUCAACUGUAUGGUGGGGACAACAUGGAUAGUAUGUCUCCUGAAAACUUGGACAGCUUCGUUGAAGUACUGCACCUGAAAACCGAAGUGAAAGAUCAGAAACUUUUGCUGAGAGUUAUUAAGAGAUUGAUAACUUCAAAUGAGAAGCAUGCACAAAGCCUGAAGAAUGAUGGAGGUGGUCUUGUCCGUAUACUAGAAAGAUUGACCCAACCAGCCAGCUUUCAUGCAGAUAUAGUAAUUGCUUCAUUGGCUUCUGAAAUCCUCAAGAAAAUUGAACACUAUCAAGGCUGAGUCAACUAAUGCCAAUAUAACAGCUAUAUAUACAUAUCUAUGCAUUGGUUUUCUGAUGUGUAUUUCUAAAUAAGAUGUGACUUUUUCACUGUUUUGUUUCUUUUCAUAUACAAGUUACUCUUCAAGGAAUGCCUUUAACCUUUUGCAUAUAAGUGGAGAAACUUCAAAGAACAGGGAAACCACCAUUCUAGAUAUACAUGUUAUUAAGGUCGCAGGGACAUUUGAGUAAACAUGCUUAAAACUACUGUAGAUCUAAGCGUCUCAUCAAAAACCUGAUAACAGUACUUGAGGUUUAUGUAACAUGUUAUGACAACAAGAACGUUCUAUUGCAGUUUGCCACAUUUUGUAUUUUACCGCACUGAGUUUAUACAGGAAGUAGCUAAAAUAACUUGACGCAGCAAAUUGAAUUAAAAGUUUACUUUAAUUCUGAACCAUUUGUAUAACUGUUCUCAUGAAGCAUCUGUAUCACAGCAGGCUACAAUAACUUUGGAUAAAAGGCAACUGGUAAACUGUCCCAAUACAAGGUUCCAUACAACAGUUCUUUACUGGCCCCCUACCCAGACAUCUCCAGAUAAAGUUUUUGAUCAAAAACAUGAAAUAGAUCCACCUGCUUAUUUUAAGCAUAUUAAAAAGGAAACUAAUUGGA